AUGGCUUGAUGAGAGGUGUGUAGGUCCCACACCUAGGAUCUGAACCCAUGAACCCCAGGCCUCCAAAGUGGAGCAUGUGAACUUAACCACUAAGCCACUGGGCCAACCCCAGACUUCCCAGAUGGAGAGGUCAGUCUUGGAUCCUCCCAGAGCACUGAGUGUGUCUCUUUCAUGGGGCUGAUCCCAGUGGUGAUGACACAGGUCUGCUGGCUGCCCGUUUAGUACUAGUCACUCACUUAACCACAAGCUCCUUGAGGGCAGGAACUAUGUCUGACUCAUUUCCUGCUGUAUCAAACACUCAGUAUGGAGCUUGGCACCUCGCUGCUCCUUAAACUCUUGUCGAAUGAAGGAAUGAAUUCUGAAUUAAUGAAUGAGGUUUAUUUGGAUACACGGACAUCCACAGGGAUGCUGUCCCAUAGCAGUUGGACAUAGGAGUCGGGCUUAUACUUUGACAGGAGGACCGAUCAGGAAGCUUGUUACUACGAGUGAAUCUAGGAGGGGUGGGUCCGAGGAAAGACCUUGGGCAGGGGGAUGGGAGGUGGGCUCGGCACCCCACAGGCUGCUCUUGAUUUUACUCUGGACUUUGAAAGAUGCAGAAUUCAAGCUUCCUGGUCCCUUGAAGCAGCUAGAACCAUCAGCAGCCAUUCCUGCCACAUUGAUAGAGGUCUAACGUCCAAAACAAGGAGGGUGACAAACUCCUUUGCUCCUCCCUGUCCCCGUCUCCCUCUAACCUGGGACACUGGCAGAGAGACCUGGGGGCCAAAAGAGAAGUGCAGAGAGGCCCAGGAGCUUCAUCAUAUGCAAGGGUGGGGGCAGGCGAGGGGCUGGACCUGCUAGCCUGGAGGUGCUCAUGAACCCCUGGAGGGUUCAUGGAGGUGCUCACCUUGGGUUCAUGCAGGUGCAGGAGGCUAGAGACAGAGCUGGGACCCCUCAAGGAGUCUCAGGGAACCGACCUCUUGUGUGAGGAAGGACUCUGUUUAAAGCCAUCUAAAAAUGAGACUGGUAGGUAGUGAGCUCCCCGUCGCUGGAGGAGAAAUGACUUCCUGGUGGGGUUGCUGUAGGAAGACCUGAGUGGAAGAUGGGAGGCAGGACUCAGAUGACCUUUAAGGUUCCCCUCCCUUUAGGAGAUGAUGUUCUUCCUUUAGCAUGGGAAAUCAUUGUUAAAUAUUUGCUCUGCCUCGCUAGGCAAUGGAAGAGCAACUGCCACCCACUUCAGAGGCAUCUGCGGGCCCAGGAGGUUCCUGAGGAGGGGCAGGAGGAUGCCACAGCUGAGUCAGGGCCCUCAGAUUGGGCUUGGCUGCAGAUCUGGAGCAUCUAUCCAUCUGUCCGGGUGUCUAUCUGGCUGCUUGGGGCCCCCGAAGGGGCUAUUCCUGAACAAGAACCCUUCCCACUGACUCAUUUAACUAUUCUUACGACUUAUCUGUAGUCUUGACAUCUUUCAAAAUAAAAAGGUUUUUUAAAAAACACUGAAACUUUGAUUCAAAUAUUUCAGAGUGAGGCUCAGCAUCUGCAGUUUUAAAUUCUCCCCAGGGAAAUCUCAUCUGCAGAUGGAGCUGAAAAUCACUGCUCUCAAUGAACUAGAGAAAUGCAUAUGUAAAUCAAACUUUCUUAUUCUUUUUAUAAAUCAGAAAGUCUUUGAAAGCAGAUAACCAAAUUGCUCAUUCAUAGACGUUGUAGGAGUAUAGGAGAGUUUCAGAUACUGAAUUUUCUUGAAAAGAAUCUUGUCUGUAUUUAACCCUUUGAAAUGCAAAUUAACAUAUACACUUGAAACAGGAGGGUGUCUUCCUUAUGUUUUAUUUUGCCUUUUUUCCCCCUCUGUCAGUUGUGCUCUCUUCAUAGUGCAAAAAAAGAAAUAAAAAGAAAUAAAAAGAAUCAUUUCUGUUUAUGUUUACACCUCAUUUCACUCUCUGCAAAAUGUUUUCCCAUCUGCUAUCCCCACCCUCAUCCUCACAGCAGCCCUAGGAGGGAGACAGAGGCAGAAUUAUCAUCCCAUUUUGUGCAUGGGUAAACUGAGGUCUGGUUAAGGAAAGUGGCUUUUCUGAGUACACACAGUUGGUUGGCCAAGGCACUGGCAAAGGAACCGGUGACUCCAGCCCCUUUUCCCUCCCUCCUGCUACCUCAAGUUGCUGCUUUUUUUCCUGCCUCUCCUUUUCUUUCUCUCGCUCUCUGACUUAGUGUCUCUCUGUUUUUCUCUUUCGACUUCCAUUUCCCUCUCCUUCUUGAACGCCCUCAGACUGGUGUCAGCUUUGCAAGCUGUCCAAACUUUUCCUCAUGCCGGAAAUCUGCCAGCCCCACAGCCCCACGCACCACAAGCUCAGCAUCUCUGCCAAGAGCAGGCCCUUUCCGGAUGCCAGGGUGCAGAGGUUAACUCUGGGUGAUGCUGCUGGUCAGUCCAUCUGGCCCCAGAUAAGGGUGGGGAUCAACACUAUAAACAGGCCCCCCAUCCUUCCCCCGGCCCAGGCCCCCACUAGCUCAGGCCACCUCAGCCCAGGAUCAGCAUGGCCGUCCGCCUGUGGGUGGUCGUCUUGACCUUGGCUGCCCUCCUCGUGGUGGACAGACGUGAGUGGGCAGAGCCUGGAUUCUCUGUGGCUUGGUACCCUCUGAGGAGUGUGUGCACCCAUCCCCAGGAGCUUCAGAGCACAAACUCAUUCCACACACUUAAACACAGGCACACACCUGGAUGCCCGCAUACCUGGGCUCAGCAGACACAGGUGCACACUUUGUACACUCACUCCCACAGCCACAGCCACACACACACAUACCAGCAAACACACCAAGGGGCCCCUAGUGGUUGGUUUCAUGCUCACUGGAGCCACGCUGGCACCUUCUUGAAUUGGGCUCCUCCCUGGAGCCCUGCUGGUUCAAGCAGAGCCCCUGGGUCCCUCGCUGCCUCUGAAUCCCUGUGCGCCCUCCCUUCCUCCCUCCUCCACAGCCCAUGUGACCACGUGGCAGAGUCUCUAGACUGUCCCCAGACAUCCAGCCUGGCCUACGGCACUGACCAGGUCACGUAUGACAAUGACUGCCAGCUCUGCUUGACCCGGAUGUAA